UCUAAAUAGAGCCACUUUUCUAGGAAAGACGAUUUUGUGAAUCUUCGGGAAAGGAAUCUUAUUUCGUUGGUUAAUAUCUUUUGCAUUUAUUUUGAGCUUUUGUUAAAAAUCACUUCACGUUUUUUGAGCUGUUUCUGAAGAUACAUCAAAAUUGUAUUCAUAGAAACAGAAUAGAGGAUAUGAAUCCGGAACGUGAACUCUAUUAAUUCAAAUCUCUGAUAAUUUCAUUAUCCCUAUGGAAGAAGUCUGGUCCUUACUUUCACUCUUUGAAUUAUUUAUAAGGAAUUGAAUUGCUCGUUCAAUAGCAGAGCAUACGGUUGGUUUCGUCUUAUUAACGGUUACCACAUUUUCUUUGGUUUGACGUUUUUUUAUUUCGUUUAGACCGGCGAUAGUCUUGGUACCUAAAAGUCUCACUUUUCGUCUUUCCUUUUCUUGCUUACUUUCUCAUUCACCGCUACAUUCUUUACAAGAAGUCGUCCAUUUUUAUCUGUUCAGUCCCUUUCUUCUUUAUUUCAGACUACUUUGCUAUACUCUCAUUUUCUUUUUCUUUUUUUGUAGAAUCUCUUUGACCGUUAUUACGACCUUUUGCCUUCAUCUGUUGUUUCUUUUGUCCAUUGGUUUUUAUAUCUAAGUCGCUUCUUCCUUUUGUAUACUAGCCUGUUUUAUUCCCUCUAUUCCUUUUUCUCAUUGUAUAUUAUCUUUGUUUAUAAUCCGGUUCUCUGUCCUGGAUUGAGAUUUUUGCCGUUGUUUUUUUUUUUUAUUUUUUAUUUUUUUUCUCUAUAUCUCUUUCAUUGAUCUUUCUAUGUCCUCUUGAUAUCCACGAUGACUGUCCGAUUUUCUCUAGGUAGGAACUCUUUGGAUUCAACUGUUAAGGAUAAAGAACAAACAGUCGAGAAUAGAAGUAAAAGUGCUAAUAUUUCUCGCUCUUCCUCCAUUCGAACAUCUGACUCAGACCAUCGUACAAAGUCGAGGAAAAAGCGUUCACCAGAUCGUUCCAAAAAGUCGAAAAAAAAACCUGACACCCCAGUCUCUUCUCCUUCGGAUACCCCAUCUUCUUUUUUUAAGAGAAAAGGACUUUUUUAUCCUAAAUCUCGUGCUAAGCAUUCUUCCUACAUAAACCAAGACUCUUCCUCAGAAAACACUGAAGGAAGUCUGUCUCAGGAUUUUCCUGUGGAUAACCAGGAGCAUCAAGCUAUAUCUCCUACGAAAAACAGAGAACAUCACGUUCCAAAGAUUGCUACUGAUGUCUCUUUAGAAUCUCCAGUUACUAAAUCCCCUCUGACCGCAUAUUUUCGUCCCCGCACAUCUCGUAGCUUCUUUCGCUUUCCAAUGUUUACAAGAAGAUCCUGGAAUUACGACCAACCAACUGAGAAUGGUAGCCAUUCGCUUGGUGAUACUUCAUACUUGCAAAAAGAGGAGGAACCGAAGUUUAGCAAAAAUGGGGAUACUUCAUUAAACGAUACUUUUGAGCAUCCAACGAAAUCUUUGAAUGAUUCUGGUUCCUCUUCAGAACAUGAAAACCCUCUAUUCUUGUCACCAGUUGGUGCACGACCGGGUACAGAACGAUCUUUGUCUUCCAAUUGUCUUGAACGUAGUACUUCAAGGAAUACCUCUGAACUUGGUUCUAAGAAUAUUCAAGAUGAUACAUCCUCGUCUAUGCAUUCAGUUUCCUUGCCUAAGUCACCUUCGGAAGAAGGAAGUCCUGUUAAUUCUCCGGAUACCUUACGAAAAACUACCAGAGCGAGACCUAGAAGUUCUACUAUUCCGUCUCAACGUACUAUUGAAAAAUAUCGAGAGAGUCGAUCAAGCCUUUUCAGUUUUCGGACCCUUAAAAGGGACGGAGACGAAAGCCUUGCUCACGUGCUUGAGCAUUCUACCCUUUUCUCCGAUUUAAAACCAAACCCUAAUAAAUUUUUGUCCUCUGUACCUAGCUUGGAAGACUCCGACACAGCUCAGAGUUAUCUUAGCAAGCUCCGAGCAACUGUGCCGUAUAGUUGUAUGAUACCUGUGCUGGCUGAAAGAGAAAACGAAGUUUUGUCUGAGGCACUUCAUUUAUGUUUGUGUGGUAUGGAUUUUUCUUGCAGACCUCUUGACUUUUGUUUGCGUUUGUUCUUACUUAAGUCUCAUUUACCCAAAGAGACGCAACAGAUUGACCGAGUAAUUACUGCUUUCUCAAAACGUUAUUACGAAUGCAAUACUGACAUGUUCAGCUCUGAAGAUCAGUGUUACAUUUUGGUAUUUUCGUUAAUAAUGCUUCAUACGGAUGUGUUCAAUGUCAAUAAUAAACAUAAAAUGACUAAACAGGAGUUCAUUAAUAUUUGCAAAAUUGAUGAUUUAGCACCUGAAGUUUUUGAAUACUAUUACGAUAACAUUACUUACACACCAUUUGUUAACUUGGACGAUGAGCUUUUUCUUCUCGAGAAGGAAAAAACAGAAAAGUUUUACUCUCCUUCUCGUAAACGAUUGGGUUUGUCUCCUUACACAUUUACUUUGGAGAGUCAGCUGAAUACUCUGCGAAAUGAAACUCCAAUUUCAUUUAACGAUAAAUAUGUGACACCUGGCAUGGAGGAUUCAAAGUCUUUGGCCGGGAUCCAGAAAAGAAUUUCAAAAUCUGCUAUCUUACAAUUGGUGUCUCACCGAUCACACCCAAUGGCGUUUUCCAAUCACUUUAUAGGACUCCCGGACAAUUCAGAUCCCGGUUUGGUUGACUUCAGUAUAAGUAUGUUGGGAAUCUUACCACGUUCUGAGAAGAAGAGGAGAGUAUCAGGACACUCAUCAUUUAAAGAGCACUUGAUUCUCUUGACUGCAUCAAGAAUUCUCUUCUUUCGUAAUUCGACUUGGGCUCGAGAUUUGAUUUCUCAGCAAGAGAAUUAUGAACGUGCGAUAUCUAAAACGAAAAGCUCCAGUAAUAUGACAUUAACAAGUAAUGUAACGACUCCAACCAUGAACGACUUUAGUGGGACGGACUCUUCCCCUAAUUCCCCUGAUGAACCCGCGCUUGUGUUUUCACCACCCAUUGAACAACUUUCACCAGAAACUACUCACUCACUUGUCAAUGCUUUUGCUUACUGCGAUCGAGAAUGUAUCAGUAAUCCACCUUAUAUGUUUCACAUUCUUUUUCGAGACGGUUCUGUAGAAACAUUAACAACGACUACUGAGGAGUGCAUGGUAGAAUGGAUUUCGAGGAUUAACUACAUAGCAACACUUCGUACAGCUGGUUUGCGCAUGCCUUUUUCCGAUUCUUACCUUCCUCGUAGAGAUUUCUCAUGUUAUCCAAAAGAUAUGGAGCAGGAAUUGGCGGCUAUUGAAGUUCAACUGAAGCAAGAUUUGGAAGUUGCUCGUAAACGCACCAUCAAAACUCGCACUGACCAGCUAAAGGGAGAAUAUGAUCAACUUUCAACAAAGCUUUUGGUUUUGCAAAGAAACGCCAAAAAUUUAUCCAUAUGUGCUCCAAUGCAACCAAAAACACGUGCUGUCAUUUUGCAAGCAUAUAAAAAAUUAGAAACACAGAUUCAAUCAUUAUACUUGGAUAUGCAAAAGGUUAGGACGCAGCUAAGAAUCUUGGAAUUUGAAUAUCAAAUUGAUCAAUCAUGUCCUCACAGGAAGACCUGCUCUCCUCGAAAGGAUUACCAUAGUACAAACUUACGAGACAGAGGUAGUGUCACUGAGGACGAGGGUUCUUUUGUUUCAGUUUUUUCUAGUAGUCCUACGCCAUCUGAUCCCAGGGAAUUGGAAUGGGAAGAUAAAUAUAAAAAUAAGGAUUUGAAUAGCCCUGCUGAAGAAGUUAAGGAGAAAGAUACGUUGGAUGAUCGAAAGCUGUACCCGAAUACAAACAGUCCCAGAAAGAUAAAUGCUUUGAAAUUGAAAAUUAGCAAUUCGCAAAAUGAUUUAGACGAUACGGCUAGUCUAGGUUCUGUCACUACAUGUUUUGAUUAUUGGCAGCCUUUUGAUGAAGGAUCUGGAUUUUUUUCGCCUUAUCCAAGUUCUGGAGAACAAGAAGCGGUUCAGCACGAUUUGGAAGAGAGUUUCUACGAUCCAAUGACGGAUUUAUCGAGAUGAAGCUUGAGACGUACUGCGAAAGACGAUUUCAAAGCUUUUAAAAUUUCCUUUAUUUUUUUGCUUAGUCAGUUGUUUUUAUGAUAAUGCUAAUGAGCAAAGUUUAUGAGAAAAGGCACACGGAGACUGAUACGCUUAUAUCUGAUGGUUUUGCUCAUUGAAACACAUAUUUAUUCAAUUAGAUAUCACCUAUAAAAUAUAAACCCAAAAAUUUCUUGUAAAUAAGAUCUUUCAUGUAAAUUAUGC